UAUCUGACGCCAUAUUCAAAUCGAAGCUCACACCCACAAGACACACACCUGAUUGAUUGAUUCCUUUCCCUCGUAAGCACAUUGUUUGGGAUAUUUCAAAUUUGAAGAAAAAAAACCAAAGAAAAGAAGACUCAGACCCACCACCUCUCUCUCUCUCUUUCUCGGGAAAAUCUCUGUAGGUUCCUCCAUCGCUGUUCCUCCUUGAAUUGCCACCAAUAAAAAUUCAAAUUUAUAAUUUGAUACCAACACCACUCUUCAUAAUUGAAACAAAGCCACCACCUACAUACAGUACAUUUCUUAGCUCUGGAGUCUCUAUCGAGUAGCAAUGGGUUGUCUCUUCCCUUGCUUCCGUGCCAGAGCCGCCCAAUCUACUACUAACAGCCCCGUCUCUCAAAGAGGUCAUGCAUCAAAGAAGAAUCGUUUGUCAGAUUUGUUUCUCUCUGAAGAAGAGAAAGCACCUCCUUCGCCUUGUAUUCAUACGGACAAAGAUCUCAAUGAUGAGGCUCAGUUUCUUAAAGCUAGCGACACAACACCAGCCACACCGGUUAAAAUUAAGAAAGCACCCGAAAACCUGGAAACUCCUCAACGUGGAAAACAGUUUACAUCGUCCCAGUUUGAUUCUUGGAUCUCCAGUAACUCUGAUGCAGUGAUUCACUUGGAUGAGAAAACACCUGAACCCUGUGGAGAAGAGGUUUCAGAGCAAACUCCUAGCAGUUGCAUAACUGAUUCCCAAAACAGUGCAAAGAUCUCCACUGGGAAUAGCGAUGCUGGUGAAGAAAGCCAAGGAAGCAUUGGUACUGCUUUCAGGGAUGGGGUGGAUAGAACUAUCAAGGUGCCACUUAGAGCUGAAAACAUCACGGGAAAAAUAAAGUCAGUUCGGUUUGAAUGUGAUUUUGAUCAGUCUUACUCUUCUCGUUCUUCCAAGAACACCAAUUCAAAGAUACCUGAGAAGGCUGGAGAAAGUACUCUCUCAGUAACUUGUGAGGGAAAGUUGGAAGACAGCUCAGCUAGUGUUUCUCCUUGGGUGAAGCAAAGUGAAGAGAAGAGUAACAAUAACAUAUCUACUAUAACCUCUAGGGACAGGCCUAUUAUCGGAAUGGUUGCAGCUCACUGGAAUGAGAAAGAGCAAUCACAAAUCUCACCCAAAUGGUGGGAUGGUAAUGGGAUACCAAACUCUACAAACAAGUACAAAGAGGACCAGAAGGUGAGUUGGCACGCAACACCUUUCGAGGAGAGACUGGAGAAAGCACUUUCAGAAGAAGGUGGCCAAGGUUUCAUCUCUUCAAGACCUGUUGUUAUGCAGAAAACUUGAAGUAAUGGAAGAUAAAGAAAGGGACACAGCUAUAUCACAGCUGCAUCAUUCAGCGCAAUCAACGUCAAUCGUUUCCUUUUGAACAACGUGUGGUAUAUGAUACGUAGAAUAAUCUAUAUAGCAGGGUGGUUCAUGGUUUCGUAUUGGCUUUCUAUUAUCUCACAUGAUAAUAUAUGCAGUGUCAUUUUUCUGCAAGUCUUGAGUGAUUUGGCUGUCAAGUGAUUGGGUUUUUAGAUUCUUAUAUGGUUCAUUAUCUACAUAUUCCGGCUUCUCCUUUUGAUCCAUACUUUAGGCUGAUUCUGUUGAGAGGGAAGUUCUUUGAUUGAAAAGAAAUUGUUUACUUUCAGAUCCUGAAAUAAAGCAAAGGAAAACCCACAUCAAGCCCUCUAGUCAAGUAAUCUCUUGCCAUUUCGGUUGUGGUGGUGUCGUCUCUCUACUUGGCAGAGUUUUGUUUAGACAAAAAAAGCUCUUUAAUGGGUCCAUAUACUUUUGCUCAUUUGAUAUGUUGUGCCAACCCUGUGGUCCACACUUACAAACUUAUCAUUUGUUAUAUAAGCUGCAAGAAACCAUCACACAAGCAUAUGUAGAUAUUUGUCAGAAUAUGGAUCGAUUGGUGUAUGUAGGAAAAAUAGAUAAGAAAAUGCAAUGACAUUUAGCUAUAUACUUCAUUUGUUUCUGAAAAAGUGUCAUUUUAUCAUUUUUUGUUACAUAAAAAAUAUCAUUUUAGAAUUCCAAUAUAUUAUAUACUUAUUUUUAGCUGAAUACUAAUUGUAAAAUGCAUUUAUCUAAAAAAUAAAUUUAUUUAUCUUAAAUACUAUUGGUUCAACAAAUGUAAUUAAUGAAAACAUAAAUGCAUUUCUAUCAUUUUCUUAAUAUGUGUGAAAAAUGUCUAAAUUACACUCAAUGUACAUAAAGUUUAAUUAUAAAAUCUAACAAUGAGUAAAUCAUAUGGCUAUUAAAAUUUUAGUAUUUUUUAUUUAUAAACUUGAGAUCUUACAAAUAUUUUGUCAAGUCAGACAACACCUACCAGAAAAACCAAUUGAGACAUGUGGUUCACUGGUUCAAUAAAACCGUUGAGCUCAUUCUCUCACGUUUUAUUUUGGCUCCACCUACCUACUUAAAAGUUUAAACCACCCAUCCUUGUUUCCUCCUCUCUGUCUUUCGUCCUUUGUUUUUCUUUUGCCUUUAAAACACAAAUCAUACAUAAUCAACUUUGAUCAAAAAAAAAAAAAUCAUACAUAAUCAACUAUACUGUGGUUCAAAAAAAAACAUAAUCAACUAUACAACUAGUUGUUUUUCUUAUCUUGGUUUUGUUUACACUCAGUAGCGGAUCCAUUUUCAUUGGGGCACAUUCACUAUUAACAAAAUUUAUUCAACUGUUGUAUAGGUUUAACCUUUAAUGUGAAUAAAACUGCAAAUAGUAUUUCUUCUAUUUCAGAACUAUAUAGUAUAUAUAAAUAUAUACCAAAUGGAUCCACAUUGUUCAACUUUUAUGAACAUAUAUAUGUUUAAUUUAAUGUAUGAGGUAGAACUAACAAAAAAAAAAUUAGUUGUCUAACUGCGCCUUACAUAAGGGGUUCGAACCCACAAAUGGGUUAGGCUGACAUGAAAGAUAUAGACAUCUGGCCAAUCAAAUCCGUUGAUGUAGAAUAUCUGAGUCAUUACAUAAAAUGUAUAGAAACAAUAUGCUGAAAUAUAGGUAAUCAAAUACAUACAUAGAAAAUUGCCAAAUCUCU